CCUUACUAUGGAUACUGAUUGAGCAAAUAAAGGUUGAGGUUCAUUAUUGUUUGAAUGUGUCAAAAUCAAGGGAUAUUCAAAAUCAGAAUCAGGUUUAAUAUCACCAGCAUAUGUCAUAAAAUUUGUUAACUUUACAGCAACAGUGCAAUGAAAUCCAUGAUAAAUCAAUAUUGAGAAAAUAAAUGGAAUUACAGUAAAUAUAUACUGUAAUAGACAUUAAAUAGUUAGGUUAAAAUAAGCAACACAAAAAAAACAAAUUAAAAAAAAAAGUAGUGAGAUGGUGUUCAUGAGUUCAAUGUCCAUUUAGGAAUCAGGUGGCAGAGGGGAAAGAGCUGUUCCUGAAUCGCUGAGUGUGUGCCUUCAGGCUUCUGUACCUCCUUGCUGACCGUAGCCAUGAAAAAAGGGCAUGUCCUGGGUGGUGGGGGUCUUUAAUGAUGGCCACUGCCUUCCUGAGGCACCGCCCCUUGGAGAUGUCUUGGAUACUGCGGAAGCUAGACUCCAUGACAGAGCUGACUAAUUUUACAAGUUUCUGUAAACUUACUUAGAUUUUAUGCAGUAGUAGUCCCCCCUACCCCAUAUCAGAUGGUGAUGCAGUCAGACAGAAUGCUCUCCGCAGUACAUUUGUGGAAGUUUUUGAGUGUUUUGGUUGACAAACCAAAUCUCCUCAAACUCUGAAUGAAAAUAGCCCCUGUCUUGCUUUCUUCAUUGCUGCAUCGAUGUGGAGGAGGACAGCAAGGCCUUUUGUAUGGCUGCUCUGUUAUGUUCUAGAUACUUUGUCCAGUGUCCUAUGAGCGCAGGCCAUAGUGGGUCCCAAAAACAUGAGGUGUGGACAAUGGUAAAGUUGCAUGGGUGCUAAAUAGCAAAAAUUAGACACAAUAGACAGAUUCAAUCGAUUAUCAAAGUUCUGCAGCUGCGACUUUUAUUCAUGAAUAAUGGUAGACAACCGAGCAACUAAUAAGAAGAGUAAGGAUAUCUAUCUCCAUAACAAUAGUGGACCUCAUGCUAAAGGCUGAAACAUUUGUAAUCUUGUUUGCCAGUCAUGUCUAAUAGUCUAUGGUACUAUUUGAAAGUGAGCUGAGUUGGACCCCAAGACCUCCCAAUUAUUAACAAUAAUUUGGCAUUACCAAACGGAAAGUUAAAGUGUUUUUUAUAUGUCAUUUUGCCCUCUUUUGGAAGCUAUUGAGAAUAAAUUGAGGGCAACGAUUUGCACAUUGUGGCAUUUGGAGGGCUCUAAAACAUUCUGGAGUUUCUAAAAGUGCUAUAAAAAUGCAUGUUCUUCUUCACGUGGAUAAGACUCAAGCGAAGAACCGAAGUUCUAACGUUCAGCAAAAAUGUGUUAGAUAUAAGCAUUUACAACUUUAACUCAGUUCUCCACGCCCGGACCGGAGUGACGCGAUGCCACCUCCCGCCCUGACGCCGGCGGCUCGGGAGCUGUCAAUCCGCCCGUUCACUCUCGCGUGACUUUGACAUCGAUUGUGAAGAGAUACCGGAAAUGACGCGUGUUGUGGCCUGCUUGAGCCGGGACCUGGUGGCUGCUGUUCGCAGUUUGGUUGGCGGCGGGAAAUAAGUGACUUACGAUGGGGGAUGCUGUGGCCGCUGCCCCCGACAGGGAGAUGAAGUACUUCAUGUUUCGACAAAUGAAGAGAAUCCGUGUCUUUCAGUCUCCUGAUGAAUUGCCGAAGGACAGGGUCAAUCUCCUAGUCAUCUCCAAUACUUACGGACUCACUUUUAUGGGAGGCAACGGAGGCCUAAAAAUUAUCAGUAGUGAAUACAUUUCUUUGGCUGACAAGGAAGAAGGAAGUAUAAAUGAAAUUAUUGAAGAUGCACCUUUUAUGACAGUUAGUUUGAAGUUCCCUGUGCACCAUAUUGCUCUCAGUUGUGACGAAUUCACCCUUUCUGUUGCCAUGGUGUCAGAAGAGCAUGGACUGGUCAUUUGUUUCUUUGACGUUCGAACGUUGCUAAACAAGGAGAAAUCUCAGAAACGACCAUUUUUGCACUACAAGCCAGGAAAAAACUGUACAGUGUUGGAUUUAAAAUGGAACCCCACGGUAACUUCCAUCCUGGCAAUCUGCAUGUCAGAUGGAAGCGUAACAAUAUUGGAGGUUACUGAUGUUAUUAAACAACAUGCCAGCCUUCCAGCCACAGCUGGCAUCACUUCAUUAUGCUGGAGUCCAAAAGGGAAGCAGUUGGCUGCUGGCAAGCGAGAUGGAACAGUAGUUCAAUAUUCACCGACAUUGCAAGAAAAGAAGGUUAUCCCUUGCCCACACUUCUACAGUUCAGAUAACCCAGUUAAAGUUUUGGAUAUACACUGGAUCAGUACAUAUGUCUUCACUGUAGUGUUUGUAGCUGCAGAUGGAUCCUUGGAAAACCCUCCUGAACUUGUGAUUAUUUCCUUAGCGAAAAAGGAUGAGAAGAAAGAGGACCAAUUUUUGAACUUUAAUGAGCUGUGUUUUGGAGUGACAACAGAGAGACAGCACCAUUACUAUCUUCACUACAUUGAAAGCUGGGAACUUCUCGUUGCUGCGUCAGCAGCAUCCAUUGAAGUUAGUGUCAUUGCUCGGCAACAGGACAAGGUCAACUGGGAAGUUUGGGUCCUCGAAGAUGCAGCUCGGGCAGAACUUCCCGUGACCGAGAACAGUGAUGACACCAUGCCUGUUGGAGUUGCUAUUGAUAUCACCAGUCAAACUCCCGUAAAAGUUGGUGAUGAGAAGAUUUAUGCUCCUUCUCCUAUCUUGAUGCUGCUCACAACCGAAGGGCUCCUUUGUCCAUUCCACAUGCUCAACUACAACCCCGGAGUGAAAUCAGUAGUGAAGCCAUCAGUAUGUCCACGUCUUGAAGGAGAAAGAGAACCUCCCUCAUCUCAACCAUCAGUCCCUGCUCCUGUAUUGUCGCCGCUGCAGACUUCAACUGCACCGUCACGACCCUCUUCAAAAAUUGUGCAGCCUGCUGCUGCUCAUCAUUCACCUGCUUUCCCGUCAGUGGGCUUGCCUGCUUUAGCCCGCUUUUCAAAUAACACAAUGGCACCUCAGGCUACAAUAAUGCAACCUGAAGCAGGUCCUGCAGAUGGCACUAAUGUUGAGAGUGGAACUUCUGCCGCACCUACCAAAGACUGGCCUUCCUCUUAUACUUUUGGUUCCAGUUCUUCCUGGGACUCUGAUGUCGAUGACAUGCAAAAGCAGAAGGCUCUUGCCUCUCCCAAGUUUGUUCGGUUCUCAGAUUUAGAAUCAACCAAAGUUUUAUCUGACUCAUCAUCUGAAUCAUUGCAGCAGCAGUCCAGCUCAGAAAGUGAACUGUCACUUGUGCAGUCCUUAGGUCAUGCACCAAAACCAUUCCAUGAUGCAAGAACAAUCUCUGCUGCUGUGACCCGAAGUGCAUUGGGCUCUGCUGCUGCAAUUCCUGCUCCAAAGUCUUGCCCUACUCAGACCUCCACAACAACAAAGAUUUCCGCAUCUGAUCUGGAAAAGCAACUGCAACAACAGCCAACCUCAGACCCAGUGAUGAUGGGAAUCAUGGAGGAGAUUGCUCUUUUUCAGAAGGAGUUGGACGAGUUAAAGGCUCGCACGGCAAGUGCUAACUUUGUGAUUGGCAGCCCAAAAGACAUGGCUAACCUAAAAUUUGAUGUAGAGUCAUUCAACGAUUUCCUGUUGAAGAUCAAGGAGACUACAGAGUCCUUGCAUGGAGAUAUGGGCACCCUGAAAACUGAGAUGCUGGAAGGAUUUGCUGCUGUGGAAGAUGCAACUGCACAAAAUCAGCGACGCAUGGACAAGAAUUACCUUCAGCUUCUUCGCCGAAAACCACUUGAUCCAAAGAGUAUAACUCAACGUAAUGAAAUACGCUAUCUGCAUCAAUACGUGAAGUUUGCAGUACAAAGCGUUAAUAAUAUGCUGGAUUUGGAAUGGGAGAAAUACCAGGAAAAGAACAAGAAACACAAGCACUUGCUUCUACCAGAGAGGGAAGUACUGUUUAAUGCAUUGGCAAGUCAUCAUGAGGUUAUUAACCAGCAGGAUAAGAAGAUAAAUGAAUUGAUAAACAGCCUGCAGAAUCUCCGCUUAUAUAAUCAGACCUCCAAGUGGUGUGUGCCCAAUGACAAAUGUCUGAGUGACCAAUGCUGGAAUACAGAACUGGAGAUGCUUCGCAAUGUUCUGAUGAAAACUACUUUGGAUUCUGCACCAAAGCUAACUCCAAGUAGCCCUGGCAAAGUAUCUCCAAUGAAGCAAUCUCAGCUACGGAAUUUCCUUUCAAAAAGGCAGACUCCUCCUGUACGAUCUACUGCACCAGCUAAUUUGUCCAGGUCUGCAUUUCUAUCGCCAAAAUGUUAUGAGGAAUUGGAGGAUUCAAAUCAAACCAUCUCUGCAUUGCCACAUCCAGAAAAAGCAGUUAUUCAGACUGAAGAACCAGAGGAGGCAUCAUCCAAGCAUUCCCCGGUUGCAAGACAGUCAUCCUUCACACCGGCAUUAAUCACUGCACAGUCAACUCCCUUUAGCAAAGUUCAGCCCCCUGUCCAUGCAGUAGUUCCAAAGCCAAUAGGUAAGAUGGUGAAGCAAGGACUGCUUGUCCCUGAGAAGCCAGUCACCAGCGUUCCAGCUGCCCAAGCUGCUGCCCAGGCAGCUGUUCGGAGACAGAUGACUAAUCUCGCAGCAGAAGUGGCAGUGAAGAAUGCUUCUCAGUUAAUCAAUACACAAAUGCUGAAAGAAACAAACCAAACUCCGAGCCUGUCAACUAUCAUCAGCGCAUCUACACCAGUCUCAAAUGCAGAUGUUAAUCAUCAGGACUUGACGAAAGUACCCUCAGACCAGAUCAAACCAGUAUCUUCAAUGGUGCCCCCUGAAACUAGAUUAACUCUGUCAGAAUCCUCAUCAACGUCAUCUGUAAAAAGUUUUACCUUCGCUGCUCCCACAGGGGGUCAAGUGCAAAGUCUUUUGAAAUCUGAAAAUGUCAUUUCUGCUCCCCAAAAAAUCUCCUCGUUUCCAGGAGCCUCUUCUGGGUUCCGUUUUGCAAAUCCAAGCACCACCUCCUUAAAUGCUCUGAAUGGCAUCACACUGGGGACACCUGGAAGUACCAAAGAAACUCUUCCCACCAGCUUUGGAGUAACUAAGCCUGCCUUUGGAUCAAGUACUGAUGUCCCCUUUUCCUUUGGGACCGCAAAGACCAUCCCUAGCUCCGCUUCUUCACUUGAGCCCUCUUUAUCUGGGUCCACUACUUCUGGCAGUAGUGUUUGCGUAAGUUCAGAUCAAGCAUCAGAGAGCCAGUUUACAAGUGGAACACCCACUGAGCCUGCCACUCUCGGUACAACAAGCCAAACUGAGGUGCAGCAGUCAAGAGCCGAGCUCCACCCUUCCAAAUCUGGGACUCAAUCUUCCACAACAGAGUUUCAAGCACCUAAAGUCCAGCAGCCUCAGCAACCGUUACCCAAGCUUGAAAUGACACAGCAACAGCAGCUGCUGCCGCUGCCCAAGUCUGAGGGAGAGCAGCAGCAGCAGCCUCUGGCCAAGCCUGAGCCAGUACUGCAGCAACUGCCACCACCCAAGCCUGAAGCAUCACUCCAGCAGCAGCAACAAUUGCCACCUAAGCUUGAGUUGGCACCGCAGCAGCAGCCGCCGCCCCCCAAGCCCGAGGUGGUGGAGCAACAGCCGACACCCAAGCCUGAGCCGGCACUACAGCAGCAGCCACCCCCCAAGCCCGAGGUGCAGCUGCCAUCCAAGCCUGAGGUGGCACAGCAGCCACAGUUGCCCAAGCCUGAAAGCAUUUUCUUUCAGGGCAGCACUGGAGGAGUCACGAUCGGCAGCUUCUCUGGUCUAGUGGUCAAUCAGAUGGAUGAUGCCACCAAAUUGGAUAAAUCUCCACAGGGGAGUUUCAGCUUUGCGCAAACGCCUAGAACAUCAGCAGCACCUCCAGCUACUUUGCCUUUUGGGAAUGCCUUUCCACUGGCAAAGUUAGAUACCACGGAAGCAACGACAGCUGUAUCUGUUGACAACAAACAGUCUGGACCAUUAUUUUCCAAUGUUCCUACAACCAAUGCUGAAUCUUCCAGUUUACGUGGUAGUUUGUCAUCAGCAUCUAGUAAGUCCAGUUCCAUUUUUAAGCCUAACAGUUCUGUGCAGAGUCCUGCUUCUGUUACCGCAGCAGGUAGUGUCCAAGGUUCAGGCUUCACAGGAUCAUUAAGCUCUUUGGCUUCCGAAACUGCAAUAGUUUCUGAAGCUUCAAAGCUGCCUACUUCCGAAGAGAAGAAAGAAACUGGCAGUGGGAGCCUCUCCAUUUCAAGUUCCUCUGAAAAACCAGCUUUGGAGCUAAAGAGUGUUCCACCAGUGUCAGCUGGCGCACCAAAUAACACAGGAAUUACAAGUGCACCGUCUAGUCUUGUUUCACCAGCUGUUACUGUGACUAGUUCCUCUGCUGUUCCAUCUUUAGCCUCUGUAAGUGCUCCAACUGAAGUAGCUGCUACAACAGAAUCCAGCCAGACUUCAGCAGCAUCUGUUGCCUCAUCCAUUGUUUAUCCUCAGUCCACUGCUGCCAUUGUGUCAGGGAGCAGUGGUACCCCUGUCAGCACCAGUGCUGCCUUACCACAACAGCUUGGGACUUCCUCCCAGCCCAGCUUGGCCUCACUCUUGGUGUCCCCACAUGUCAACUCCAGCACACCUGUGUCCGUGUUCAACCAAACUGAAAAUAAGGAUCUAUCCUCAGGACUAAUGCUCAGUCAACAAAAUUCAGCAUCCUCCCUAGGUGCUGUACAAGCCUCAUCAAGCAAAUCUGAUGCCACCAACUCUCCUUUUACAGGCAGUACCUCAGCCGUCAAUUUUGGAAAACCAGCCUUUGGCCAGACUAAUGCUAUGGGCUUUGGUCAACCUGCCAGUACCUCCAGUGCUGGGUUCAGCUUUACACAACCAACGUUUGGAUCACCAUCAGUCUUUGGUCAACCCACUUCUGCUGCACCAUCUGCGCCGACUGCCAGUCCCUUCAGUGGGCCGUCCAAUGCCAAUGCAUUUUCAUUUGGCACCCCACCUUCCAGUGGUGGGGUAAUGUUUGGGCAAUCAAGUGCUCCUGCAUUUGGACAAAAUACCAAUUAUGGUCAAGCACCUAGUUUUGGAUCCAGCACAUCGGCAACUCUUGCACCUGGAUUUAAUUUCCAGCCUUCAGGCUUCACUGGUUCUUCGGCAGGCAGUGUGUUUGGUCAGUCUGCAAAUACCAGCAGCGUAUUUGGUCAGGGUGCCAAGGGAACAGUCUUUGGCUCUUCAACUGCUCCGACUGGGUUCUUCAGUGGACUGGGGGGAAAGCCAAGCCAAGACGCAGCCACUAAAAAUCCAUUCAGACAGAUAGGUUUUGGAACUGCUGACUCUUCAAAUGCAUCCAGUCUGUUCGGGAACAGCGGUGCUAAGGCUUUUGGCACUUUUGGAGCAGACCAGAAGUCUCCAGGCUCAUUCAGUGCUGGCUCUAGUGUUGCAUCCCAAGGAUUUGGCUCCUUUUCCACUCCACCAAAACCUGCAGGUAGUUUUGGUGCUGCGCCAGUGUUUGGCAGUUCUCCGGCCUUCGGGGGUGCCCCAACUUUCGGUGGAUCACCAGCAUUUGGUGGGUCACCAGCUUUUUCAUCUCCUAUGGGUUCCUCAGGAGGCAAGGUGUUCGGUGAAGGAACAGCAGCUGCCAGUGCUGGAGGGUUUGGUUUUGCAAACAAUCCCAGUGCACAGACCUUUGGAAGCCUAGCAAAUCAAUCCAGUGCGGCAACAUUUGGAUCUGUAUCACAACAGGGAUCAGCAUUUGGCACACAAGGAACAAGCUUUUCAGGCUUUGGAUCUAGUGGAGGCGGGUUUGGAAGUGGUUUUGGAUCCACAAAUCAGUCCAGUCAGUCAUUCACAAGUGGAUGGAGGGGCUGAAUUCAAUGCAACUUUGCUUUGAAUAAUUAAAAAAUAUAUUAUGUUAUAUAUAAUGCAUAUAUAAGUAUACAUUUAUAUAUAACAUUUAUACUUGUAUAAUGUAUAUAAAUAUACAUGAAGAAAUGGUAUUUGGUAUGACAGGAGGUACCAUAAUUGGUGCGAUUUACAGUGAAUAAAAAUGCAAACCUUUGAACUCACAGGUUACUGUGCAGUACAGGGCGAAGUCAUAUCCUGAGGAAAUCAUGCGGGGGGAAUCAAUGUCACAUGGUGUCAUAAAAAAUACUGUAUUUUGUCAAAUAAAAUUCUUUUUAAUUUUGGCCUAACUUCCCAUUUUUGUUGAUGAGAUGCUGCUGAAAGUUUAACCCUUUAUCCUUUUAAGUCUUCCACAGUCACGAUGUUCCAUUUUUUUUCUCAGAACGAUAUACAAAUAUAUUGCUUUUCCUAACACCUCUGUGAAGAUUUUGCAGUAUUCAAUUUCAGAAUGUGCAUUGCUCCAUCGAUAACAAGAAGAAUUUGAAUUUUUGUAAAGACUAAGUUUUAAAAUCAUGUGCAAGACCCUAGGGACAAUGUGGUAAAGUUAGAAGUGAUGCACAAUUAUGUUCAAGAGCAAAAGAUAUAUUUGAAAUCCCGUGGUUUAAUGUUUCCUGCAAUCCCAUGAUAUUCUGAAUUGCUUCAUAGUUGCAAUGUAAAUGAAGAUCAAAGCAAACUGCUGAUGCUAGAAAGCUUAAAAAAAAACUGGUGCUGUAAGUACUUAAC